UCCCAUACCCUAGACCAACCAACCAACCAACCGAAAAAGAAAAAGAAAUGAUGAUAACUAAAAGGUUGUAUAUGUAUGUAUGUACGCGAAGACAUCGAAAAAGUUGCGUGGUUUUUUUUUUUUUUUCUCCAUGACCCCUUCCUUUUCCUUCCAUUUUCUCCUCGGUAUCAUGCUGUGCUCCAAAAAGGUUCGUCUAUUUAUGAACCUCCUUAAUCUUGCACUGCCACCCUGAACUCUUGCUCAACAACGGCAAGCUGUUCAUCAUCACACAUCAUUAGCAUCAAAUCAUUUCUCGUCAUGAUCGGGGGACCAAAGAAGACAUACCUAGCACCCAAACACCACCCCAACUCAUUCCCCUUGAUCUGCUUCGCAAUCCUCACCUCCCGAUCAAUAGGCAUCUCAUACCCCGUAUGCGUCAGCGCCAACAUAAAGUUCAAAUCCAAACAAUGCUCCGGCCUAUCCUUCAGCUCCUCCAUCGCGCCCGGCACACUCUCAAAAACAUCCCACUCCCUCUCCCCGCCACAAACCCUGUUCGCCAGAUCCGACAUCUCCCUAAGAGUAAAACUCUCCGGCAUCCCCAACGGCUGCGUCCGAUCGUAAAAGUAAGACAAGAAGUAAAUAUCCUCCCUCGCAAACGUCUUGGCCAUAGACGGCUGAUGCACACCGUUGAACGAGCACGGCGCCAGGUUGCACGCAGACUCCUUCUUCAAAAUCCUCUCCGCCAACGCCCGGCACUGCGCCGGCGCGGCCCAGUGAGGGCCAGUCAUGUUCAGCUCCAGCUUGGAGCCGAGGGGGUGGUCACCCGGCAAGACGAUCUUUGCCAUCUUGGACAUGCCCGCCGAGUAGCAAGGGUUGACAAUCGGUUUCUCCAUCCAGGACUUGUCACCCUUGUGCUCCUCGUACAGAUCAGUCACGAGCUCGGCGAGGAUGGCUUCACGAGCAGACAUGAGGCCGUACCCGAGAUGGGAGUGCUGGUACAAGUUGAACUUGCGGCCCCCAAAGUCAAGAGCGUACUUGUGGUCCCCCUCGGCGAGCUUGGCGGGCAUGCCGCCGUCUGUAAGGCCCUCAAACGAGGGCUCAAAGACAAUUUGAGUGGAUCCACCCCCGAGGUCAAAAACAGCCGCGGUGGGGGAGUGGUCUGGUCCGCCGAUCUUGCCGAGGAGGUAGUUGGUCGUGAUCCAGGCAUACACCCCCUCGUCGGAGCCGUCCAUGAUCGCGACGCCGUUUUCCUCGCGGGAGACGAGGGGGAAGGGGUACUUUGUUUCGAUUCUGUGGCGGACCGCCUCGAGGAUCUUGUCCGACUUUUCCUUUCCGAUCAGACGAAGACCGGCGGUGGCCUUGACGGCGAUGGGGGAGCAGGACUUGAGCUUGUCGGGAAUUUUCUCGAGGGCAGCGUCGAGGAGGGUGUCGAGGCUUUCGGCCGCCUUGAGGGGGUCGUCCUUGUACGCGGAGAGACCGGAGGAUUGGCCUUCGAUCUUGGCCGUCAUUUUGAAGAGGACUUCAUCCUCGAGCUCGGGGGCGGCGCCGCAAUUGUUGAACUUGUAGACGUGGAUGCGGGAGCCUGUGCUGCCGGCGUCGAUCAUGGAGACGUAUUGGACGAUGGGCUUGUCUUUGGAGUAGGAUCGGGAGCAUCUGUCGGUUCCGUAGGAGGAGUCUGAUGGGACUUGUCCCUGGCCGCCGACGUAGCUGUUGCCGGAGGAGGUGAAGAAGUAAAAGAGCAAGAGGACGGUGAAGACGAUGGCACCGGUCUUGAUGUAGCGGGCCCGCUGGGACUGCUGGGCCCAGGCGGACUGCAUCUUCGCGACGAGGCCGGGUUCUCGGUGGUCGAAUCCGUAGCGGUCGGGCUUCUCGUGGGGAUCGCGAGCAACGUGCUUGGUAGGCAGCGAAACCGACGUGCGUCUCAUAGGGAGGGAGGGGUGAGAGGGGAGAGAGAGAAGUCUAGACUGUGUAGACCGUGUGGCACAUCGGUGUUAAACGAAGGACAUGGAUUGAGAAUUGUGUGCGACUGCAACUGCAACUGCAACUUCAACGGCCGCUGGAUGGCGAUGGGCGAUGGAUAAAAAGGAAAAAAAAAGGGGCGGCGCUGCUUGAAAUGUGUUUCCCUUUUUUGGGGGGCCAGGAUUUGAACAAACCCCCUGGGCGGGAUGACGCCGCAGCGUGCCAAGGACUCCCUGGUCCCGCUGUUGCAGGCGUUGAUAGGGCACGACAGGGGCCUUAGGUAAUGGAUAAUGCAAGUACUGCAACAUUGGAAUGAGCUUGAUUCGACUGUGUUUUCACCUUCUACGUGUCCCAGAAUGUGUGUUUGGAGGGUUGGUAUCGGAGAGAAACCAGGCCGGGCUCGCAGCGGCGCGAGGUACCGGUACCAGGCACCAAAAGUGAUUCCUAAGCUUUCCAGAACCAGCACCUUCACUACCUACAUCAUCUCGUCUGCCUAGGGGAGGAGGCGAAUAUAUUGCAUUGUAAAAAGACAUUUAUUUAAAAAUCUAAUCGCUACCCCUCAACCCGCUCUUCUCUCUAUAGAGUUCAUACCCUAGAGCCUCUCUCAACGACAUGGACGUGACCCUUUUUGUCUACGACCUCUCUCGGGGGCUGGCCAGACAGAUGUCAACUGGUCUGCUUGGUUUUCAGAUAGAUGCCAUCUACCACACCUCGAUCAAACUCAACGGGCUGGAAUAUGUCUACGACGGGAAUGUGGUGGCAAUCAGGCCUGGCUCUUCACAUCUUGGCCAGCCGGAGCAACAGCUACAUCUGGGGACAACUGACUUACCCAUGGAGGUGAUCGAGGAGUAUCUGGACUCAUUACGAGAAAUCUAUACCGUGCAGGCCUAUGACCUUUGGAAACAUAACUGCAACAACUUCUCAAACGACUUUGCCAUGUUCCUGCUCGGCAAGGGGAUCCCUGAGCACAUUGUGAAUCUCCCACAGACCGUCCUGGACUCUCCAUUCGGCCAGAUGUUGAUGCCCAUGCUCAACCAGCAAAUCAACUCCAACAGGCGACAAGGAGGCAUUCUUGGUAUCCAGCAAAGCACCCCCGGCAGUUCAGUCAAGCCAAAAUCCCAGCUUCAUCAGCACACAGGCAAGGUUCACAAUGUUGCCACCCUGGCAGAGCUGGACCAGCUGCUGGCAAGGCACCAACACUCUUGUGCCGCUGUCUUCUUUACAUCAGCAACCUGCCCGCCAUGCAAGCUCGUCUACCCCCUGUACGACGAACUCGCCGCCGAAGUGGGGGACAAGGGCGUUCUCAUCAAAGUAGACAUCUCGCAAGCGUUUGAUAUCGGAAGCAGGUACUCCGUCAGGGCAACACCCACCUUCAUCACCUUCCUCAAAGGCAAGCAAGAAAACCAAUGGACCGGCGCCGAUCCCGCGACCCUCCGAGGCAACGUUCAGCUCCUCGUCCAGAUGGCCUGGCCACGGCACCGUCACGAGUCUCUUGACCUACCAACAAUCUCCAACCGGAACGCCAAGCCGGUGCUGUACACCCGUCUCCCGCCUCUGGCCAAACUCCUCGCCAAACUGCCAGCAGAAACCUCGUCCAACCCAUCAGUUCGGGAUAUGAAGCGCUUCCUCGAGACUCGUGCUGCGGAAGGCCCGGCGGAGGCCACCCUACCCAACAUCCCGGGGUUUCUUUCCUUUAUCAAUGACUCCCUCGCCAAGAUCGAAGCUGAUAAGCUCUUUCCCCUUAUCGAUCUCUUGCGGUGCGCACUUGUUGAUCCGAGGGUGAGCUCGGUGCUUGCGGAGGAACAAGAUUGCAAAACUGUGCUGUCUAUCCUCCGGCUGGUCAACAAUGCUGUUGAAAGCUGUAGCUGCCCUUACCCGCUGCGUCUGGUCACUGUUCAGAUGAGCUGCAACUUAUUUUCGUCACAUCUCCACGAGGAUGCUAUCCUCUCUCAUCAAGCACUUCGGCAUGCGAUAACGGAACUGACGACAGCUUGCUUCCGGGAGAGCGAGACGGCCACGUUGAGGGUUUCCUCGGCGGGAUUGUUGUAUAAUCUCGCGCUGGCGAAUAGUAAGAAACGGAGGGCUGGACCGGGGGAUGCCCUCCCCGGAGAGGAGCAGGCUGCUUUGGCCGGGUCGGUGUUGGAGGCGAUUGGGGGGGAGAGGGAGAGUGCGGAGGCGUUGGAGGGGAUGUUGAAUGCGUUGGGGCUGUUGGUUUAUUUGUUGCCGCAGGAGGGGGAGGAGAUGGGGGAGAUGGAGCAGUUGUUGGUGAUUAUGGAGGCGGGAGAUGUGGUGAAGGGGAAGGGGAUGGUGGAAGGGUUUGGGAGGUUGAAGGGGUUGGUUGGUGAGGUUGGGGAGCUGCUUGGGAAGGGGUUGAGGAAGGCCUGA